UCACCCACCUGAUGAAGCGCAUCCAGAGGGGACCCGUCCGAGGCAUCUCCAUCAAACUGCAGGAGGAGGAGAGGGAGAGGAGGGACAACUACGUCCCCGAGGUCUCUGCCCUCGACCAGGAGAUCAUCGAAGUGGAUCCGGACACCAAGGAAAUGCUAAAGCUCCUGGACUUUGGCAGCCUGUCCAACCUGCAGGUGACGCAGCCCACAGUGGGGAUGAACUUCAAAACGCCCCGAGGAGCGCUCUGAGUCGGUCGCUGUGUGUCACUUUUCCAAUAAACGUGGGAAAACCA